UCUCUGUUCGCUCUUAUUAGCCAUGACAUUCAUCGAGGUUGCUUCAGUAUUUUUGUAUAUACUGUAGAAGUUGUAUGAAUGUGACGGCGAGUUAUUUAUUGUCAUCUGUGUGCGCUAUACGUGACGAACCAUUCUCAGAGCUCAACAUGCCUUACUGAGACACGGACGCAUGCUGUGAACAGGUGCCCGUGCAUUCUUGAUUGGAAAAUUGUACGGUCCAUUUGAUUCAGUCUUCUGCAAUUUUUAUCUAAAUUAGGAAGAGGGAUAAUAGACCUAUUUGAAGAUCAAGAAUGUGUGUUUUGGCUGUACUGGUUGGGUCUCUCUUUAUCGGAGCAGUAGACUCGCGAACAAUUGGCUGUGUGCUGGAGUCUGUACCAGGGACCAGGAACCAGUUCACAGUCCAGGUGGUUACGACUGGACAAUCAAAGGUUUUUGAUUGUGCUAAUGGAACCGUUUUCGACCAACAGGCGUGUGUCUGUGUCAACGAUAUGGACUAUACCAUGAGACCCACUGUUCCACCAAUGAGACGGACAACACGAAUUUCAGUAGACCCACUCGUCCCUACAACAAGACCUCCCUGCUUGUUUAAGCCUCACGUAGACCGACAUUUUUACCUCGAGUUCAUGCACUCGUCUUCUUGGAAGCCCCGUCCUUGUGCCUAUGGCACGCUGUAUAAUGAGGAGGAAUGCAUGUGUAUAGACAGAGCGCCCAUAUCUACCUCAAUAUGCAGACCUAGUUUUGCAUUAGAUUUUAAUUCCAAGCCGAUUGCUGAUUCUUCCAACAUGCAAGUUUACGUACGGAACGAGGGAGUAGAAUCGGUGGUGGAUGCUGGCCAGUUCAACAAGCAAGCCCAGCUAAACAUUCCCAUGUUCUCGUGGCUCGGGCAUAAAAUGACCGUCAAGUUCCGGUUCUUCGAGUGGGACGGCGGGGACAGAGAACAAACUCUGUUUGCUAACUGUCAGCACUCCAUCGCUGGGAGGAGGGGCAUGGGAUCCAUUGAGGUCAUGCUCAGGAGCGCCACCAAAGAAGUCGUGUUCCGAAUAAAAACCAAGGGCUCUGAAAUGCGGGAAAUAGCUGUCCCCUAUCCUACGAAAAGCUGGAAAAAUGUAACAGUCACGUAUGAUGGGAAAUAUUUCAAAGGAAAAGUGAACGACCGAGAGGCCACUGUACAAGUUCGAGGUAAUAUAGAGAGUCGCUCAGAAGGAAUCUAUAUAGGACAAUGUCCGAGAAAUGGACCUGGCGGGUCAAAGCGAGCAUACGUUGGAUAUAUUGAUGACCUGAAGUUUUAUAAGUGUGUUCUACCGGAAGUUCCUAGCCCGGACUUAUUUGUGGACAGAAAUCCGGUCUAACGGUUGUUGACGGAUCUUUCCCCGUGUGAUCGUCAGCCGACCUAGUUUAUCCAAUAGAAGUUCUCCAAGGAAUUCCCAUAUCGUCACGUGGAUGAACUAUAUUAAUUUAUAGAAUACCGCGUUCGAUUUUUCUAAUGUUUAUACUGCAUGCCCAGUACUGAUUCAUUGGAACCGAAAAUAAGCUGUUGUGUGUUGUCAUGGCAGCGAGUUUGUGAGAUACUCAGGUACAUUACAUGUCUGUUUGUUCGUAUGUGUUGUUUAUAAUAGAUGCACCAGUUCAGUUUAUCAGUUCUUUGUUGUAGCUGUUUUAUUCUGUUAUUAUUUAAUUGUAAAUAUAACUGUUUGCUGAUGAUACCUCAUUUGAUUUCAGAUAAUUAUAUUUAUCGCCAUUUUCCCCAUUAAAAAUGAUAUUUUUUA